UAAUGCUCAACGGCACUUUCUUCAGUUUUCUUCCCUAUCUGAACUCACCAAUUCGUCCUAUUUUCAACAGGACUUGCUGCAUAUAAAGAAACUUCCUGUCUCCAAAUCUUAGACCAACAAUAAUCGGUUUUCUAUUACAAAACAUGGCAGGAAAACGAGGAACAGGACGCAAGAAAAUCGAAAUCAAGAAAAUAGAGAGCAAACACCACCUCAAAACCGCCUUCACUAAGCGUCGCAAAGGCCUUUUCAAGAAAGCCGACGAGUUCUGUACCGUCUGCAAUGGCGCCAAUGCCACCGUCAUCACCUUUUCUCCAUAUGGAAGGCCUCAUGCGUUUGGAAAACCUAAUCCAGACACUGUAAUCGAUCGGUUUUUGAAUGAAAAUUCGAAUUCUUCAGUUGCAAGAGACACACAGAGUAGUAUUCUUGAAGAAGAAACUAGAGGAGAUGAAUUUAAUUGGUGGGAGGAAUCAGUGGAAGGAAUGGACAUGAAUGAGCUUCUGAAAUUCCGGAUUUCUUUAAUGGAAUUGAUGAAGAAUGUGGUUUACCGGUUGGAAGAUAUGCAGAUGAGAAGAGUUGCUUUGAGGAAUUUUUUGUCGCAAGAUUCUUGAUCUUGUAAAUCCUGUUCUUUGGCUCCCGGGUUUCUUUUUAGUGAUUCUUGCAAUUAAUUACAACUAACAGUUUCUUUUCCUUAUAGUUAGUGUAUGGUUCAAGGUGAAGGAAGCCAUUGUUGUUUUUUGUUCAAUGUUAUAUAUGAAAUUAUGAAUUGAAAUUGAUAAAAUUCUUCCACCUA